UUUUGUGUUCAACAUUUUUCAAAAAAAAGUGAAAAAGAACAAUAAGAAAAUAUGAAGUUCAUUUUGGCAAUUUUGGCCAUUUGCAUCAUAGAAACAAGCACAAUGGAUGGCAGAAGAUUUAUAGAAAACCGAUUUCAACCGAUUUGUUAUAAUCAACACAAAGUCAUGAUACCUAUGCCUGGUUCAUGUACAGCUUUCUUUAUAUGCAAACGUGGUAAGGCUAUAGUAAGCACUUGUGGCGAGUUUUAUCAUUUUAAUCCCCGAACUGGAGUUUGCGAUCACCCAGCUUUAGCAGGAUGUAUUAUAAGCAAACCACUGGAAAUUGAACCUCCUCUAGAAAAUAACGAUUAUAAACCAAUUAUGCCUAUGUUACCUAUGAUAAAUGAACCAACACAAAAUGAUGAAGAAAAACUAAAUAUCAUUAAGUUAAUAAGGGAAUCUAUUCCAAAACCACAGCAUCCAGAUGAAGUAAUAGCAGAUCUUUCUGCUGGACCGAUUUGUGUACAAUUUCAAGAUGGCACCCUGUUACCAAAAAAAGAUUCAUGCACACAAUAUUUUGUAUGUGUACGCAAACGACCAUAUCGUCGUACAUGUCCUAAACUACUGCACUUCAAUCCAAUCUUAAAACUAUGUCAAUCACCGCUUUUAGCACAGUGUGAAAAGAAUCCAAUAUUACCAACGAAAAUACCUUCGAAGCCAAACAAAUGUUCACGUGUACCUGAUGGUACUUUGCUACUUCAUGACAAAGAGUGUGAGAAGUUCUUUAGAUGUUCCCAUGGUAAACUAAUCGAAAUGAGAUGCCCAGUUGGUUUGCAUUUCAAUGAACCACAUCAGCGUUGCGAUUGGCCGAGAACGGCUAAAUGCGUAAUACCGAAAUAUACAUACUUUCUAUUAGUCUUUGGAUUAAUUAUAGCCUUAUGUAAUGCAGCAAGCCUCAAUAAACGUGACCUUACUAUUUAUCAGAAGUAUGUAUGUUAUAAUCAAGCCGACAAUUCCAAGCAUUUAGUACCGGGCAGCUGUUCUCAAUACUACACUUGCAAUGGAGGCAUAGCCACUUUAAGUAAAUGUCCUUUGUUCUUUGAUCCGAUAGCAAGUGCAUGCGUUCAAACAUCUAGUUGUGUUGAAGACAAAAACUUGGAUAACACAAUUCCAGAUGGCUGCACUGGUGUUUGUUAUGGCCAACCAGAUGGAUAUAUUGUUUCUUCAACAAAUCCCGCAGAAUAUUACCUCUGUUCUAAUAACGCUGUUUCAAGUACUGGUCAAUGUGCUAAUGGGCAGCAAUUUAAUUUAUCGAGUAAACAAUGCGAAGCUGCAUCCAGUAUUGUACCAUGUGCAGCUACAACUACUCAACCACCAUGCGCUCCAACGACUACCUUUUGCAUUGAAAACACAACAGCACGUCCUACUACAAUUACUUUUACCCCAUCUACCACCAGCACGACCACAAGUACAACAACAAAACUAACAACAACUACUCAACCAACGACCACGACAACUACUACAACAACUACUCAACCAACGACCACGACAACUACUACAACAACUACAACCACCACAAAAACAACUACCCCUACCACAACUAGCACAACUACAAAAACUACGACCACAACUACUACGACGACGACAACAACCAUUCCACCAACGACAACAACAACAACUACUACGACAACAACAACCACUUGCCCGACGACAACAACUACCACAACAACCACAACAACCACUACUACUACGACCACAACUACUACAACCACAACUACGACUACAACCACUCGCCCAACAACUACUACUACUACAACAACCACAACCACUUGCCCAACGACCACAACAAGUACCACUACAUCAUCCACCACAACAACAACUACUACUACUACGACAACAACUACUAAAACCACAACUACGACAACAACAACAACUUCUACUACCACAACGACCACAACAACCACUUGUCCAACGACAACAACAACUACCACUACUACUACAACCACAACUACAACCACUCGCCCCACAACAACUACUACUACGACGACCACAACUACUACAACAACUACGACUACCACAACAACGACAACAACAACCACUUGCCCAACGACAACAACAACUACCACAACAACCACCAAAACAACCACCACAACAACUACUGCUACUACGACUACAACUACUAAAACCACAACUACGACAACAACAACCACUCGUCCAACCACUACUACAACUACUACUACCACUACUACGACCACAACAACCACUUGCCCAACCACAACUACGACAACAACAACCACACGUCCGACCACCACUACAACUACUACUACCACUACUACGACCACAACAACCACUUGCCCAACGACAACAACAACUACCACCACUACAACGACUACAACGACUACAACUACCACAACUACGACUGGGACCACAACUACGACAACAACAACCACUCGUCCAACUACAACAACAACUACUAUUACCACUACUACGACAACCACAACCACUUGCCCAACGACAACAACAACUACCACUACUACAACAACCACAACUACCACAACUACGACUACUACUACUACGACCACAACCCCUAAAACCACAACUACGACAACAACAACCACGCGUCCAACCACCACUACAACUACUACUACCACUACUACGACCACAACAACCACUUGCCCAACGACAACAACAACUACCACUACUACAACGACCACAACUACCACAACUACGACUACUACUACUACGACCACAACUACUAAAACCACAACUACGACAACAACAACCACACGUCCAACCACCACUACAACUACUACGACCACAACAACCACUUGCCCAACGACAACAACAACUACCACUACUACAACGACCACAACUACCACAACUACGACUACUACUACUAGAACCACAACUACGACACCAACAACUACUCGUCCAACGACUACAACAACAACUGCUACUACCACAACGACAACAACUACUUGCCCCACAACCACAACCUCGACAACUACUGCAACUACAACCACUCGGCCAUCGACAACAACAACAACAACUACUACAACCACAAGUACUACCGCAACAACAACGACAAAUAUUAUUACAACUACAAAAGCCUGUUCUACAACAACCGUAAAGCCUUGCUCUGAAACGACUACACCACCAUGUGGAGCACAAUUAUCUCAAUUAAAACAGCCGACAAAACAAAAUCUAAAAGGCGAAUCUAUGGAGCAUCUUCAAAUUGCUGUUGAAACAACUAACAUUGGAAACCGAUUUCCACCUAUUUGUAACAACAAACACAAAGUCAUGAUACCUAUGCCUGGUUCAUGUAGAGCGUUUUAUAUAUGCAAACACGGCAAAGCUAUAGUAAGCACUUGUGGAGGAUUUUAUCAUUUUAAUCCCCGAACUGGAGUUUGCGAGCACCCAACUUUAGCAGGUUGCAUUAUAAACAAACCAUUGGAAAUAGAACCGCCUAUAGAAAAUAACGAUUAUAAACCAAUUAUGCCUAUGUUACCUGUGAUAAAUGAACCAAUACAAAAUGAUGAAGAAAAACUAAAUAACAGAAAGUUAAUAAGGGAAUCUAUUCCAAAACCACAGCAUCCAGAUGAAGUAAUAGCAGAUCUUUCUGCUGGACCGAUUUGUGUACAAUUUCAAGAUGGCACCCUGUUACCAAAAAUAGGUUCAUGCACACAAUAUUUUGUAUGUGUACGCAAACGACCAUAUCGUCGUACAUGUCCUAAACUACUGCACUUCAAUCCAAUCUUAAAACUAUGUCAAUCACCGCUUUUAGCACAGUGUGAAAAGAAUCCAAUAUUACCAACGAAAAUACCUUCGAAGCCAAACAAAUGUUCACGUGUACCUGAUGGUACUUUGCUACUUCAUGACAAAGAGUGUGAGAAGUUCUUUAGAUGUUCCCAUGGUAAACUAAUCGAAAUGAGAUGCCCAGUUGGUUUGCAUUUCAAUGAACCACAUCAGCGUUGCGAUUGGCCGAGAACGGCUAAAUGCGUAAUACCGAAAUAAAAUAUUAUUAUAUAAAUGUACAUAAUGUAUAUUUAGUUAUCUGAGUAAAACUAAGCAAUUAUAAAACUUA